AUGGCCAUGGGAACCAAUUAUUCAAUCUCCAACGCACCAUUUACCUUUAAACCAUCUGCCCCGCAUAAACAAGUUCCAAAUUGGAGAUUUCCUACAAUUAGCAGUGGUGAUGGUGCUGGGAGCAUUUUCACUAUAUCAAGGAGGAAUUUAAGAACUUGGUUCCAUGUCUGCGCUGUCACUGGGGACCAGAGCACCCGUGACGUCUUCAGUGCAAAUUUCCCAAGCGAUUACACAGAACUCAUAGUGCAGGCUAAAGAAGCUACAGAAUCAGCUUUUAAGGAUGGAAAACAGCUAUUGGAAAUAGAGUUUCCUACAGCAGGACUACAAUCUGUACCAGGUGAUGGCGAAGGUGGAAUCGAGAUGACAGGAAGCAUGCUUCUCAUUAGAGAAUUUUGCGAUCGCUUCGUACCUGCAGAGAAAGUUACCAGGACCAGAAUUUUCUUCCCUGAGGCAAAAGAGGUUACUUUUGCGAGACAGUCAGCUUUUGAAGGGUGUUCAUUGAAAUUGGAUUACCUAACAAAACCAUCCUUAUUCGAAGAUUUUGGUUUUACAAUGAAGGUCAAAAUGGCAGACCGUGUGCGGCCUGAAGACGAGAUAUUCCUUGUGGCUUAUCCCUAUUUCAAUGUCAAUGAAAUGCUUGUAGUGGAAGAGCUUUACAAGGAAGCAGUUCUUAAUACAGAACGGAAAAUGAUUAUCUUCAAUGGAGAACUAGAUCGGAUAAGAAGUGGAUAUUACCCGCCCUUUUUCUAUCCAAAGCUGGGUGAACUUUCCAAGACCUUUCUUCCGAAACUGGAGACCGUAUACUAUAUUCACAAUUUUAAAGGGUCCAAAGGGGGAGUACUUUUCAGGUGUUACCCUGGCCCUUGGAAGGUGCUGAGAAAAGUAGGUGGCAGCUUUGUCUGUUUGCAUGAACAAGAGGAGAUGCCGUCACUGAAAGAAGUGGCCCUCGACAUACUUCCUUCUGCCUAG